AUGCGACGUUAUUACACCCCUUCACACCAUGAAAAAGUGAAACCACCAUUAGAAAGGACGUCUGAAACACAAGCAAGCACAUUGGACAGGUUUGAAGAGUCCCCUAUCAUUAAGGAAUCCCGUAAAAGCCAAUCAGCAUAUGAUUCAACGCAAGAAAGCCCACCUCAACAGUCAAGGAAAACUUUUAAGAUAAGGUCAGUGCAUAAACCAAAUGAAUUUUGCAGUGUUUCUCAAAGUUUGGAUUUAGAAGAAUUUUUUAACACUACUUGCAAAUUAACUGAUGCUAUGAGCUGAAAACCGAUUGGUAUGGAAAAGGAGCAGUUUUCUUUUAUAAAAGGGUCUAUUAAAAGACUUGUAUCAGAGAAAGAUACAAAUAAAUCUGGCGUUGAGUCUUCUAGAAUCAAUAUUUUUAAAACAAGAAGAGCGAAAACUCCUGGAAAAGAAAUUUUGCCUAAAAAGCCGAAAGUUAAAAAAAUUGUUAUAAAAGAUAAUUUUGCAAUGAGUCCGUAUGAAAAUUUGCAAGAAAGAAUUGCACAAAAGAAAGCAUAG